ACAUGUAAAUUAUAAAAUUAUUGUAUUUGAAAUAGUUAUAUAAAUAUUUAAGUAUAUGAUUAACAUUAAAAAUAUAUACCACUUAUGUUCUAAAACAAUAAUUUAUGUAUAGAAAAGUGAAAACAAACACCCGUGCGGUUGCACGGGUCAAAAUCUAGUCCUAGUAUUAAUCUAUGUUCUAUUGGUGUAUCCUAAUAUUUAGAUGCCAGUAUAAAAAGGAAGCCUUAUUCUAAUAAUUUGUAUUGUAGACAUUAUUGAUCAGAUUGUGAAUUGUUAGACCUCCGAAAGAUAUCAUCACAAAAUAAAGAUAUUCCACUAAGUUAGAAUUAACUAUUUGUGAGAUAAAAUAGUUUUAUUAAGCAUUUAAUUUUAUAUUAUAUUUAAUCUCAUAGGUGAUAAAUUAGUUAACAUAUCAUUGCAAAUAUAUACUAUAUUGUAAAAUAUAAAUUGUGUACUUAUGCUAAAUAUUUUGUAUAUUUUGAAUAUAAAAUCAGAUUCCUAACUAAUAUAAAUUAAUUUGCAUUUAUACAUAUGAACGUUAAAUUAAUUUGGGGAAUUGCCACUAAUACCACUUUCCUAAUACCACUUUUCAACUUUACACUUUUCAAAUUUACCUUUAAAAUUUUAGUGGGUAAAGUACCAUUGUACCCUUAUUUAAUCAAACAUAAACAUAAGUUUUCUCCCACAAGAAAUUGAAAAUUCAAAAACCCCUAAUCGAGAGAUUGAUUCCGGCGAUCGAGAGAUCGAUUCCGGCGAAAGAGAGAUUCCGACGAGAGAUCGAUUCCGGCGAGAGAGAUCAAUUCCGGCAAGAGAGAUCGAUUCCUUCGAGAGAGAUCGAUUCCGGCGAGAGAGAUCGAUUCCGGCGAGAGAGAUUCGAUCCGUCGAGAGAGUUUCGACGACUUCAGCCAUUUUCACCGGCGAGAUUUGAUUAUUCAGACGACAUUGACGUCCGACGAGAUUUGGCGAAGACUACAAGCUCAAACGAAUCAAUCUCUCUUCACGAACGUAACAAAGUGAUUUUCGUCUCUUUUCUGUAAUUUUCGCUUGGUUUCUCAAAAUCGAUCGGUUUCUGGGAAGGAGACGAAUUUUUCUCAUGAAGUUUUCGAAUCUCAGAUUUAUAAAACCUUAUAAAUUUUUAGCUAUGAGGAAUAUAGUUUUAUGUAUUUUUCUUAUUGAUAUAUCUUGUUGAUCAUUCCUUCUCUAAUACCCAUGUUCUUUAUAAUCAGGUUAUGGUGUUCGAAAUUUGUUCUAUAUGUGGAGAAUGGAAACUAAUAAAUGGAAUUCACUGGGAUUUCAUAGUGGAUGAUCAACGAGGAUCCUCUCUUAGUAUGAUUCAUGAAGAUAUCAGCUACAAUGAUUUGAUUGUGGCUGUUUUAGAAGAUUUUGGAAUUGAUGGCAACAGAAACAGUGUAAAUCUUAGCUAUGCCUCACCUUCAAAAUUAAACUUUGGUACAAAAGAGCUUCCUCCAGCAUUUAUUAGGAAUGAUCGUCAAGUAACAUCUUAUCUGAGCAAACUUAAGGAGAAUGGAGACCUUCAUCUAUGUGUAACCAUUAAGGUAACUGCAUGAAACUCUUUUGCUAACUUGUUUGUUUAUUAGAGUUAUCAUUUAUUUUAUAAGGUAGUAUGUAGUAGUAGUGAUUUGCUCAUUGCUUGAAGAAGUUUGCCAUAGCAGUAUCUAUUACAUUUAUAAGACCUUAUAAUAAUAGUUGUGCAUUUUGCAGGAUCAUUACCACAUAUAUUUUAACUAUUAGCUUUUAUGUUUUUUUUUUAAUGUUUCAGAGAAGAACUCAAUUAUCACCAAUGAUUAUGUCAAAUAUGAUCCAGCCACGGGGUGGAAAUAGUAAUCAUGAUUUGUCUAUUGCUGGAACUAGUAAUCCGCGUGAGGUAUUUAUUACAACUCUUAUUUUUAUAAGGCCUUGUAAAUGAUUAUAUAUUUAGCUUUAUCUUUUUAUGUUUCAUUACAAGAUUCAUUACUAGCUUUAUGUUUUUAUGUUUCAGAGAGGAACACAAAAAUCACCAUUGAUUAUGUCAAACAUGAUUCAGACACAAGAUGAAAUUUCUAGUACUCAUGAUUCGCCUAUUGCUGGAAGUAGUAAUGUAUUUGAGAGAGGAACAAAAACACACGCGGAGACUGAAUGGAACAGCAUUCAGAGAGUUGACGAAGUCUCUGGUAUACAACAUACUUGUAUUAGCGACAGUCUUAUUUCUCCUUCAAGUGGUCUUGUUAGCAAUAAGAGAGGAUUGGACUCGAUUGGACUUGCUGUAUAUGGGUCUGGAAAGUCAAAAUUGCCAUCUUUCUCCAGUAGACGUGGUAGAGAAAGCAUGGGAGAAGAUAUCUUGUCUCCCAGUUGUGGUGAUGAUGAUGAUUUGUUCUGCGGGAAGUUUUUCAAGGAUAAAAAGGAAAUGAGCACAAAGUUGAGGUUGCAUGCAGUUAGUAAAAGCUUUGAGUUCCACACAGAAUAUUCAGACAAAACACGUUAUGUUCUUAGUUGUGUGGAUGAAAGAUGCAGUUGGAGUUUUCGUGCAAAAUCAGUUAAAGGAUCUCAGAGUUUUUUUGUUCGUCAUUAUGUAUCUAAACAUACUUGUGACACUUCUCUGAGAACUGUUAGUCAUCGGCAAGCUACUGCAAAAUUGUUGGGAACUAUGGUCAGCAAUCAUUAUGAAGGAGGAAAGAUUGGGCUGAAACCUAAACAGAUCAUGGAAAAAGCUAGAAAUGAUCAUGGUGUUGUGAUUACAUAUUCAAAGGCUUGGAGGUCUCAAGAGCACGGCCAAGAUAUAGCUAGGGGUACUCCUGAUGACAGUUAUGAAGCUUUGCCCAGUUGGUUUCACAUGAUAAAAGAAAAGAAUCCAGGUUCUGUGACUUUUAUCGAAGUUGAUGCUGUUGGGAAAUUCAAAUACGCAUUUUUGUCGCUUGGUCCAUCUAUCAGAGGGUUUAAGUUGAUGAGGAAGGUACUUUCUGUUGAUGGUGCCCAUCUGAAAUCAAAGUAUAAAGGGACUCUACUUGCUGCCACAGCACAAGAUGGUAAUUUUCACUUGUAUCCUAUAGCUUUUGCUAUAGUUGAUUCUGAGAAUGAAGCCUCAUGGAGUUGGUUUAUGAAAUGUCUGAAAACCAUCAUUCCUGAUGAAGAGGAUUUGGUUUUUGUCUCUGAUCGUGCGGCCUCUAUUGAAAAAGCUCUUUUACAACAUUAUCCUGUUGCUCACCAUGGAAUCUGCAUCUUUCACUUUCAAAAGAAUGUCCAGGACAAUUUCAAAAGUUCAACACUUGUCCCUUUGGUUGUUGAAGCUGGUUAUGCCUACACCAAAGCUGAUUUCGAUUGCUAUUUUCAAGAGAUUGAGGAGUCCGACAUUGUAUUAGCAGAUUAUCUUCGUAAAGCAGACUUCAGGAAGUGGACCCGAGCUUAUUCUCCUGCUAAUCGCUUCAACAUCAUGACGUCAAACUUGGCCGAAUCUAUAAAUUCUUUGCUGAAAGUGAGUCGUGAGUAUCCAAUUGUCUGUCUUUUUGACACUAUUAGGAUGAUAAUGACUAAGUGGUUCACUGAACGACGUGAGGAAGGAGUUCGUCACAUGCACCCUGUCACUGUCGAAGUGGGGAACAAGAUGAAGGAGCUAUAUGAUUUUACGUCUCGCUUCCUUGAAGUUUCCAAAAUCAAUGAUUCAGAGUUUGAGGUUAAGGGAGAUACAAGAGAUCAAGUGGUGAAUUUUCAAACAAGGCAUUGUUCAUGUUUUGUGUUUGAUAUUGAGAAGUUUCCUUGUGCUCAUGCAAUUGCCGCUGCAAAAUCUGGGAAUAAGCACGAAAAUGAUUAUGUCGAUGAGUUUUUCUCCAAUGAAAGGUUUACACUAGCAUAUUCAGAGAGUGUAUAUCCUGUUGGUGAUAAAACAUAUUGGGAUAUUCCUCCCCAUGUAGCUUCGUUUGUUUGUCGCCCUCCAUCUACACGCUUUCCUAGUGGGAGGAGGAAAAAAAAGAGGAUACCAAGUUCGUGGGAGUAUGGAAAAUAUCGGCCCAUAUCUAAACCAUCACCCAAGGCUUACAAAUGCAGCAGAUGUGGACAGAAAGGACACAACAAAGGUAGUUGUGUAAGGCCUAUUUGAUAACAGAGUAGUAUAAAAACUUGUGUGCAAUUGAUUAUUUUAUAUGAUGUUAUAAGAGAGAAUUGGAAUCGAAUAGAUUUUGGGGAACCUUUUACUAUUACAUUUUAUCGUUUUAUAAUGAUUUAUAAAGUUUACAGGUGUCUAAUAGAAGUUAUGUUCCUUUUAUUUUUACAUCUAUCAUUUUAUAAUGCUUUAUAAAUUUUGCAGGUGUCUAAUAGAAGUUAUGUUAUUUAUUAUACGAAAUGUGUGGUUACAUAAACUACCCUUUAUAAAUCAUUAGGAUUCAGAUUAAUUGUAGAAAUUAUAUGUUCGUUUGAUAUCUUAGCUUACUUGCAUGAACAUAAAUAAAAUAUGUUUCCUUAGCAAAGGUUUAAGGUACAAACCAAAAUAUAUUUUCCUCAUCAUGAAGGAUUAAGGGACAAGCCAAAAGAUGUUCCUCAUUGAAGACAUCAUCAAAAGAUAACACACUAAAACUGAAAAAGUUCCAUAGAUAUUUGUUAAAAGUACUAAAAAACUGAAAGAGCUUCAUUUCUUCAAAUUCGCGAUGCUUCUAAUCGGCAUUUUUAAGAUCUUCCAAAACACUUCCUAUCACAUCAUCAGCUGAAUCUUUCUCAAAUUGUUUCUUUUGUUUUUUCGAUUUGGGGGUGCCAACAUUGUGUUCCUUUAUAAGCAUAACAAUUAAGAAAAUCAGAAAUGAUAAUUGGAUGUAGUCAAUGAAAUUUGAAAGAAUAUUUUAUAAACCAUUAUACAUAGA